AAGACGGAUUGAAGUAAACAUGUUCAACAAUUGGAAUGUCUUCAAAUAGAGUGUACUAAAAUAGAACAGAUGGAUAAUCAGAUCGCAACGGUCUCUUAAAUGAUCUAGCCUGCCACACUUCUCACAGGAGAUAACUUUGAUGCAGAGAGAAUCCACACACUCAGCAUCAGUAGCCUGUGAGGACACGCAGUGUUCGGCAUCGUCAUCUCUGUCUCUCUAUUCUCUGAAAGUAGCGUUCAUUCAUGGCCUCAAGUAACUUCUACUAACGAGGAAAAAAUGAUGUUUUUUCUUAUUCAACUCCAGUUGAUUGGAAGCCCGCGGAGAAUUCAGCUCAAGCCUCGAGGGCACUUGGACGCUCGCAGCUGAGCCGGUAGUCACCGCGCGCCUAAUGGGAGACAUGCACCAGGAUCAUUCGUUAUUUGGAUUUUGUGAAAUUUCCAAUUCUGUCAUUUAUCAGUUAGGCUAUACCGAUAUUUUGGGUUCUCCUGCUCCUGGUUGCUAAAGUAGGCUACACAGUGACAAUGCACUUUUGGUCCUGAUGCAGAACACCACGUCAAUAUUCUAGGAAAGGAACAUUUGAAACUGAACCUGUUGUCAAUGUUGAUUUAUUAGAUCACGAGGUGGUUCUUCGAGUCACGGUUUUGAUCACGAGGUGGUUCUUCGAGUCACGGUUUUGGGAUAGUUUUAUCUUUACAGUAAAGCAUGGCAAUAUGAUCCGAUAUAAGGACAGGAAUCUGUAGUAAAUAAUUGCGCAAUGGACAAGAAUUAUGCUGUGCACAGUGUUACAUCUCUGUUUGGUUCAAUGUGUUGAUCAUUGCCUGGGUUCAGAUCCCCACAGCGCGAAUCAAUUGAGUGAGUCGCCUUUUUUUUCUCCCGGAUCCUCAGUUGUGUUGCUCUCCUCAUUUACCUAUUUGUCUUAUCGACGACUCAACACAGCACAUUGUGAAUCAAAUGGAAAUAACUUCGAGCGAUGUCUUCUAUUUCUGAGCUGUAUUUCUGGAUUCCACACAGUCAAUUGAUUAUGUGCGAAUGGGGGGAUGGUUCGUUGUUAAAAAUAGCCUGCCACUUGAGGAUGAGGUGCCGAAAUGAACAGGUUGCUGCUUACUGAAACUUACUGGGAGCAAAUGCGAAAAGAUGCUUCACCCUCAUCUGACCUCUCGUGGAUUUGUUCACUUCUCUUUAAAUCUUCCAGGAAUGCAUGAUACACAACCUGAAAAUACCGCAUCAAACAUUUACAGAUUCACAACGAAAAUAACCGAUCAUUCAUUUGCCAUAUGUGUUUCAUUGAAUUCGUUAUAAAAACGUUGACUCUUGGAUAAGAAGACAACAGAGGAAUCUAGCAGCUGCUUGUUGAUGGCACUACGCGCCGGGAGGACUUGGUUUGGGCAGGUUUUGCGCAGAGUUUCUAGGCUGCAGGGCUCGUGGUCCCGGCGAUCGAGCAGUCUCCUGUGUCUCUCUGCGAACCCGGAGCAGGAUCUGGGGACCUGUUACAGGGAUCACACACAUAGCAGUCUCCACUACUGCUCCUCCGUCCAGCGCACCCACCGUCACCAACACGCGCCAGUCUGUCCCUCCUCUUCCAGCCGCUGCCAACGCUUUCCCGAUUGCUGCGCAGCCUUCCCGGGGGAUACGAGGGGACAUGAGCCCCUCACUCGCCGGUUCCUGGUGGUCAUGAAGCGGCAGAACGUGCGGACCUUGUCCCUGAUCAUCUGCACGUUCACAUACCUGCUGGUCGGGGCCGCGGUGUUCGAUGCCCUGGAGUCAGAUUUCGAGAUGCGGGAGAAAGAACAGCUGGAGGCAGAGGAGAAGCGUCUCCAAGGGAAAUAUAACAUUAGCGAGGACGACUACCGCAAACUGGAGACCAUCAUUAUGGAGGCCGAGCCCCACAGGGCUGGGGUUCAGUGGAAAUUUGCUGGAUCUUUUUACUUUGCCAUCACAGUCAUCACCACCAUAGGUUAUGGCCAUGCAGCUCCCGGAACAGACGCGGGGAAGGCCUUCUGCAUGUUCUAUGCCGUCCUGGGGAUACCCCUGACCCUGGUCAUGUUCCAGAGCCUAGGCGAGAGGAUGAACACCUUCGUCAAGUCCCUACUGAAGCGCAUCAAGAAGUGCUGUGGCAUGCACAUCACCGAUGUUUCCAUGGAGAACAUGGUGACGGUGGGGUUCUUCUCCUGCAUCGGGACGCUGUGCAUCGGGGCGGCCGCCUUCUCCCACUACGAGGACUGGAGCUUCUUCCAGAGCUACUACUACUGCUUCAUCACACUGACUACCAUCGGCUUCGGGGACUUUGUGGCCCUGCAGAAGAACCGGGCCCUGCAGCGGAGGCCCCUGUACGUGGCCUUCAGCUUCAUGUACAUCCUGGUGGGCCUGACUGUCAUAGGAGCCUUCCUCAACCUGGUGGUGCUGAGGUUCUUGACCAUGAACAGUGAAGACGAAAGGCGGGAUGCCGAGGAGAGGGCCUCGCUGGCGGGGAACAGAAACAGCAUGAUCAUCCAUAUCCAGGAGGAGACACUGGGGAGAGGAGGUGGUGCCAGGAGGAGGCGCAGGGAAACGCAGGGCCAGUACUGCGCUGAGGUCACCGACCUGCCUUCUGUAUGCUCCUGCGUGAACUGCCACUCACAUGAGUUUGGUAGCUGUGGGGGAGGGAUGGGAGGAGGGAUGGGGGGCGGAGGGAUGGGCUGUGCCUUCUCUCACCAGAACUCCUUUAGUUCCCAGUUGAACCCCCACCAGUACUUUCACUCGGUGUCGUACCGCAUCGAGGAGAUCUCUCCCAGCACCCUAAAGAACAGCUUCUUCCCCUCGCCCAUCAGCUCAGUCUCCCCAGGCCUCCACAGCUUCACAGACAAUCACCGACUCAUGAAGAGAAGGAAAUCUAUCUGAGCCUAGUGCAUCAUAGUGUUUUGAACUACAUGUUGCAUUUCUAUGUUUUUGCCUAAAUGGUAAAACGUUGAAUUGGAACAGAUCAUCAGACUGGGUUGGCCUAUCUACACAGGCAACUCCUAGCUUUCCUUUUUUAUAUAAGUACAAUGCAUCUCCAAUGCUGCUCCUAACCAAAUCUCCUUUUAGUACUUUUGUUUUGUUUCUUUUGGUUGGUCUAAGGAUAUAAUAUAUUGAAGCUAUUCACAGGGAUUGAUUGAAGAGGAAGGAGCGUUGGAAAGAAAUGGUACACUUGUUGGACAUGAAUUAUUACAUUCAUUUCUUGUGAGGGAUUCAAAGCAUGAAGCAUGGAUACUUAUUGUCCCAGGAAAUUGUCCCAUCAGAGAAAUAUUAACCAGAACCAACAAAUCUUGUUAUACAUUUUCUUAUUGCCAGCUCACAAAGAUAAUAUAGCACCUUGGUAACAAUGUACCAAAUGAUGCACACUUGGCAUUAUAAGGGGGAUAUGUAUUUUUUUUAAAGUGAGCAUGCCUGUUUCACCUUAACUUAAAAUGAUUGCAGUUAAGUGCUUUUCCUCCAUUGCAUCACUGCAGACAGAGAUGAUACAAUUUGAAAUGACAUCAGGUAUUAUUUUCUAUAAGCAAUUCUAGGGAAAAAAAGUGUAAAUGAUUUGUUCACAGAACAUCAUGCCAAAAUAUUGUUGCCAAUCUUAGCAUGUGCAUUAGAUGUCAUCAAAUGAGUGUGUCAUAAUUAUUUUAUUUCAUUACUUUUUUUGUCAAUUUUUUUUAACAGCAGAUUUUGUAUUAUUAUAGUUUUGUCUGUAGAUGUUUUUUUUCUGGAUUUCAGAUAGUGUAAAAUAUGAGGAUGUGAAAAGGAAUAAGCAAGGAUUUUAAGGCUUUCCAGUUUGAAAAGUUGCUAAGUGCAUGUACUUUGUGAAACUGGUAUGCAUAUAGAUGAAUGGAGAAAAACAAUAGCCUUGCAAUUGAAAUGAAUUUUGAUAGCAAAUAAUCAUAAUAAUUAUUUAAAAAGAUACUUUAUUUAUUUAGCCACUUAAAAGUAAUGAUGUAUAGUGUAGGCUGAACAGUUUAUUCGCUUUUCCAUAAUUUUUUCAUUCAGAAAAAUUGUACAAUAACCUUUGCUCUCAGGUUUUGAAUGGAUAGCCUCUUUAGGUUCUGCUCCCCGAAUCAAAUCACAGAAGAAAUUCCAUAAAUGCGAAUGCACCUGCCAAACAAAACAAUACAUAUUAAUUCAUAAAAAAAAAUUGUACUAAUUUUCCAGGAAAAGGAUAUUGAGAUGCAUCAUCUUACUAAGGGAAACUUCCUGUACUAUAGAGAAGCGUGGGCGGACACACACACACACACACACACACACACACACACACACACACACACACACACACACACACACACACACACACACACACACACACACACACACACACACACACACACACACACACCCUCCCUUCACUGUAUCAAGCCACAGAGGAGCAGGCCAGGGAACCUCUGCUCUUCUGUAAGGAUGUUGAGCCACUGAGAAUAUAUACACGCCUAUAGCCCACGAACACAAUGACAGGCAUAUGAGAUGUAUACAGCGAUGUUAUCACUGGCUGUCAUUUAAAUUCAAUGACAGCCAAAUGGCAAUCAAUGGGUAAAAAAGGACCAGAUGGAUUUCUGAAGGAACAACUGGGCAUUGAUUCAUUUACCACAACACGUGUCAUUUAAGUCACCCACAUUGAGAAGGGAUAAAUGCCAUGGAUACCAUUAGGCAGAUUUCCAUUGGUUUAUUUAUAAUCAAAAGCAAUGUUGAAAAACAAAUAUUUGUGACGUGUAAUGGAAACGGCAAAUAUUGGAGAAAUUGUCUAAAGAUCGACAAAAAUUGUAUCCAUUCUACAGGGGUGGAUUUUUUUGGUCUAACUUUCUUUAUUGUGACAAAUGAUGACGGAAAUGGUGAUUUACGAAUAACUGAUGACUGCCAAAUCAUUUUGAAGGUACGCGGGGUAUGUGAUGUCAUCACGUAGGUUAACUAUAAAGCUUUACUUCACAUUUCAUUCUAAAUGCCAACUGCUUGCAAAAUUUAUUUUUUCAACUAUAAAAAAUGGUUUCUUUUCAGAAAAAGGAUUGUCCUGACUUUCAAGAAUGCCUGAAUUGCUUCGCCUUGCUUUUCUGGUUGGCUGGCAACUUUCACCAUCAAAUUAUAUCAGAUCUACAGGAGUUUCACCAUGGCAAGGACCUUGGCGAUAUGUUGGCACAUGAGAAUUAUUACAAUAUGGAAAAUAUUAGUAAAUUAUUGCAUUCUAUCCAUGCUGGCUUUCGCAGGCUACCUGAGACAUGAAACAGAUAGGUGGGAGGGCAUACAGGCUGUCGCCAAUGUAUUAACAAGCAAUUUGAUUAAAAGGGUAAAGGAAACAAUUCAACCACUACAUUUUUAUUCGACACUAGGGUUCUGCGGAAUUUUUUUGUUUUUUUGUUGAUGUGAUGUCAUUACGUCCUUCUGUUUUUAUCGAUAAGAUAGUUAAAUGAAAACGCACCCUAGCAGACAACUGUCACACAAACAGUAUUUUCUAUGCGAACUUUCUAAAUAUCGACAAAAAAUCCCUGGACAAGUUAAUGGAAACAUAGCUUGUGUCUGUCUUGAAUGAGAAUAACAAAAAAUAUUGUAACAUUAACAUCCAAGGUUCUAGAAUGUUCAGAUGACCCCAGGAAUACACAUGUAAAUAUACAGUACUUUAUAUCAUAUAUUGUACGUGUUCAUGCUUUGGAAUAAAACGGCCUUUCCACAGCUCCGAUGCGUUAGCAUUUUUACACAUUUUAGAAUAUGUGCCUUUAAGAAACGAUAUUUCAAUGUUUCUAUACCUGUAGGCACAUUUUACAUCUGAGAAAUAAAUACAACCCUUUUCCUUAUAAAAUAUGUCGCCAUCUCUAAGGAUUCAUGUAGCUUCAUACAAAUACAAACCAAAGCAAAAAUGUUAUUUUUUUUCGGCUAACCACACAGACACAAUCCAGCUGAUUUACAACGUCCAAAUAAUUUAUUUAGGCAGAACUGCCGCAGGUUCUAGGUUUGUCCAAUUAUUGAGGAGAGUGAUUUGGUAUAGCUGGAAAAUUCAUUCUUUUACAUUUUUGCUAAGAUACCACAUUAGUGUUUUCUUGGUGUAACUGGUGGACAUGCACAUGGAUGUUAAGGGUUGAGAGUCAAUGUUAAAGCCAUUUUUAUCGAUUAUGAGUCAGUAUUGCAUAUAUUCAAUACAUCUCUAUAAUUGUAUUUGUAUAAAGUGCAUACCAGCAUUUUAAUGACUGAUCAUGCCAUAGUGAGGUGAUGCCAACAUGAUAAUGAUGUACAAUGAUUAAAAUGAGUAAAACAAUAAUUGUUACUGCCAUGAAAUGUGCCAUAUUAACAUGCAUGGAUUAAUGCUGAGUGAGUCAACAGAUAAAUGUUUGUUAAGAACGAUAUAAAAUACAUUGUACGAAAUGAAUUGAUUGUUGGUGUCAGCCUUUAUAUUAGUUGUUGAGUUAUCCCCGCUCGCUUGAAAUGAUAUGUUUACCUCCAAGCUGUGCAGAAAGAAACAGAGAUAGUACCUGUAUGGCUUGGCUGAUCUGGAUUGAGAUGGCUAUUGGUCGAUCGUUCUGGAUUCUGUACAUCCUCCUGAUGCCUGGGGUUUAAUGUGGCAGAUAUCUCCAUGUGCUGGCCAGAUCUCUAUCUGUCCAGAUGUUCACAGUGUCAAGUUCUCCUAUCACUGGGACAAAGACACACAUAUUGCACAACUAACUAACUAUCUGUGUCAUGAUAAACUCUAGAAGGCUGGUGGGUUAUUUGUGUGAUUCCAUGUUACUUUUUCUUAAUAUCUCUAAUUUCUUUAAUAAAAAAAAUUAUCCUUCCUUUGCAAUAUAAUAUAAUUUUUAUUUUUUUAGGUCUGACGAACAAAUGCCAUGUACCAUGUUUAUUUGAAAAUGAUGAAAAUGUUAAAUGCAUACCAUCUCCAAAUGACAAUGUUAUAUCAAUUUGGUUCAACAAAUGACCAAAUUGACCCAAUGAACAUUUUUGUUUCACAGUUUUAGAAAACUAUUUUCACUCCUGAUGUCAAUACAUGCAGUGAUAUGGGCUUUCUCUUUUCAAUAAAUGGGAAAGAGGAACUUGUUGAGAGAGUAAACAACCAUUUAUGUUCAUGUUUUCAUUUUUGUGUGUGCAUGAUUUGGUGUGGUGAUUUCCUGGUCAGGUGACCUGGGUGAAGCAAUGACACCACUUGAAUAAAAACUAUGAGCCUCCUUCUCACAAGCCCCAAA